UUGCCGAAGCCAUCUGGAAGAAAGCCAAAUCGGCUCCACGCCGAAAGGGUGAGCCUUCGCUUUCCACUUGCCAGUCGCUCGCCUCCCGGGCAUAACAGUGGCCAUUUGAGCCUCAGCGUCGGUCAACACACGCGCAUCGGCGCAUGCCCUACUCUAGAAGGUAGCACGUCAAUGUCGGUCAAACCGCUGCUUUAUCUUGCUUCUUCUAACCGCCCAGCUUCACUCGUCAGCCUAACACCGACGUAUCUGGAUUCUCAAUGCUAAACAAGUCGAUGGUCGCAUCUCGAGCGCGCACUCGCAGGACAAGCCAACGGCUCGGCCGGUGGCGUCUUGCAGUCCGGGGUGCGAUGCCGCGACGUUCUCUUCUCCGGUCUCGAGGAAGGGGACCCAGGUACAUUCUCAGGGGCUGUGUGUGUGGAUCGUGUCACGCGAGAGCGACCCAGCCGAGCAAUGUCAGCACUCAGCAGGGUUGCUUGCAUGUAUCGCCAAUUGAUGGUGUGCUGCCACCCUUUCUUAACAUCCCCAGCACUCCAGCAGAGCUCCUCCUCUCCUACGCAUGGCCGGGGCGCAGAGCUGCAUCCAUCAAAUUAGCCACCAAUGGAUCACGCCGCCUCGCAUCCCGUCCCCGACGUCGGCAGCUUCUCCUACAGCUGGCCGACCAGCAAACCAGAGCGGCAGCCCGAGGAGCGCCUCGACCACGCCGGCGUCGACGGAUCCAUCGCAACGGACCCUGCGUCGGCGUCGCAGUGCAGCUUCGACUUCCGGCUAUCGCCUCCCCAGCAGACGGCCGACGCCGGCCAGAUGUUCCUCGACGGCCUGCUCCUCCCGCUGCAGCUCGCGAGCCGUCACGGCCAGGAUGGCGGCGAUUCCGGCCGCAAGGGGCCGGCGCUGGCGCGGUCGCUGUCGCUGGACUCGUCGCAGAGGAUGGUAGCCUCCGCGGCCGCGAGUAGCAGGCGGCACCGGCUACCCCGGCCAGCGUCGCAGACCUCUUCGCCUUGCGGCCGCGGUGCGGUGACCCCCGCGAGGAGCGCCGUGUUCAGGGCGAGCAAGCUCAGGUUGCCGUCUUUCGGGAGAUGCGGGAAGCGGCGCAAGUGGAUGUCGUUCAGGCUCUUGGCGCCCUUGUGCCGGAAGAUAGCGAGAUGCGUCUGGAGGAGGAAGGUGAUGGAUGUUUCGCAUCGUACCCAGUACGGUGGCGACAAUGUUAAGCUGUGUGAUUCAGGCCAGGAGAAUGCCAUCAGGGACGCUAUUCUUCACUGCAAGAGAUCCCUGUAGGCAGGCUGUAGUCACGAGCAUCGAAACAUUUGCAGGAGGUGUUGAGCUCUAGACUUUUCUCUUCUUCAAUUAAACCUUGUUCUAGCAGUACUGGAAUUUUGCCAGCGCUGAGAAAGGAAGGCAGCCGUGCGAGAGCGAAAUGUUAUUCGCAUGACAUGAUAAGUCUUUCAGCUCAAUCCAUAUUUCACGUUAAAACUGGUGCCAUAAUGAAAUGACUUGCAAAAACAUUAAAUGCCAACAGCGAAGUACCAUACACCGCCAGUUAUCAACAAAUUUAGCUCCAAGGCCAACCAGGCACGAAAUCUCAUUUCAGAAAUGGAAAGUCAUGGGACCAUACUGGAUAUGGUACUUUCAAAGGUGUUGAACUUGAAACCCCCCAAACAAAUCCCAGAAGACACUGAACCAUUCAAAAUACAUUAGUUCAAUCCCAUCAUGGAGUACCAAACCAAAUUCAGACACUGAUCCAUCUAAAAAGCGCACAUAAUAACAGAACGGAUCAUUUCAGCUCAAACCCCCAGCUGCACAAGCAAAACAAACAACAAUAAAUUGCAAAAACUGCUGGAAGUAGACAAAACACAAACAUAACUGCAAGUAUUGCUGCAACUUUUAUUCUCAUCAAAGAUUUAUAUUGCAGCUAUGAUUAGAAACAAUGAAGCUCUGGACAUCGGAACAUUGUACAAAUAUCAUUCCAUCCCUCUGUAGCCAUGGUUUGAGAUGCUAUGAAAUAUCAAGCAAAACUCAAGCAUCGUACGACAUGGCUUAGUUUAUUUGUGAAGGUUACAAUGUUA